AUGGCUCCCAAAAGAACUCGCGAUGGCGAGAACAAACCCUCCGAGUCACGAGCAGGUCCCGCCAUGAAGAAGCGCAAGGGCUUCAGUGUCGGUCCUGCAAACCUCCCUGACGGCACAUAUCGACGCAAGACUCAAAAGAUCAAGUCUGACCUGAUCCAAAAGGCCAAAGUUAAGAAAGCCUACGCCAAGAUCAAAGCCCAAGAACUCGCCACCAACACCUCCAAACCACUCUUCACUACCACUGAAGAAGAAUCCGAAGACAAGCCCGAACCUGCUUCCCUGGAACUGCACCCUGAUCGCGUAGCGAUGAUGAACGAGCCCGAGCCGGUGCCUGAGCCUGCGCCACGACCUGAGCGUCGCCCGCGCAACAUGGAUGGACAGCGAAGAGAGCGGAAACCGAAGCCCUCGGCGUUCUCCAAGGAAAUUGAGAUUGCGGAGCAGCGGAAACAGGCAGCAGAGGCGCGGCAACGGCAGCGGGAGGCUAGACAGAAGGAUCGUGAAGCGAUGGCUCGGGCGAAGCGGCCGGAUCAAUUUGGCAAGAGGCGGUUGGGACGAGAGAGUAAUGUGCUGUUGAGUCGGGUGCAGCGGAUGGUCGGCCAGAACUGA